UAGAGAAAAUCCAGAGAAAGGGCAGUUUUCCAUCUUCAACUUCUCUGUCGUUUUCCGGGAUGCUCGAGGGAGUUUUUCCACCAGAUUCCAGUGUAAAUUAAUACUUGAUAGUGCCGUGAAAAUGCCUAAAAUGGAGUUUUCGGUGAAAGUGAAGAGAUUCCUGUGAUAGCGGCAGUUUCUUCACGGGCUGUGUGAAGGGAGGGCUCGUUUUUUGUGCCCUUUUGUACACCGCGCGGGGAAUUCCAGAGGGUGACGUUGUUCCUUUGCCUCUCCCUCGACCAGCCACCACUUCAUUGUUGCAGCACAAGACCGUGAAAUUACACUUUAGACAGCGAUACAGGGAGAAGAGAAGCAUAAGGAGAGGGUCUGAAUAGGAUUAUUUGCCUAAUAUCGGAGCCUUGAGUGGGAUUUUUCGCGAGCGACCAUUUUUAGGGCGUUUUCCUGGCCGUGAGGAUGACUGUCUGAUUAGAGAGAGUCGAUAAUCAUGGACAAAGAAGCCGAUAGUGUUCAGCUGAAGAAGGCUCUAGAGUGGGAACUCUCUCUGGAUUCGAGAGAUUUGCGCUCUCAUGCGUGGUAUCAUGGGCCAAUUCCUCGUCAGAGAGCUGAAGAGAUUGUGAAGAGGGACGGAGACUUUAUCAUUCGCGAUUGCACAUCUCAGCCAGGCAAUUUUGUGCUCACGUGCAAGACGAAGAACAGCGUGCUGCACUUUGUCAUCAACAAGGUGACCAUUCAGAAGGACACGGUGUACGAGAGAUUCCAGUACCAGUUUGAAGAUGACGCUUAUGACACAGUGGCGGACUUGAUUACAUUCUACGUGGGCUCUGGGAAGGCUGUCUCCGUGGCUUCUGGGGCGCGGAUUCAGUUUCCCUGCAACAGAUUGUAUCCUCUGUCAUUCUACGUGGCCAAAUAUGCUCCACCGGCGAUUCCUCAAGCGCCACCAGGCUGUCGCUACAACCCAUACAAUCAGCAGGUGGCGCACCGGAGUCCAGUGUCCUCACCGCCUAGGACUAAGAGAGAUGUGCCGCCCAGGCUGCCGGCAAAGAAGCAGAGAUCACAGAGCUUGACACCCAUCCAACCGAAUGCGGUGCAGAAGCAGGAAAAGUACAGCAGCGCUGAUGGAGUAAUCAACGGAUCAGGUUCUGGAGAGGACAGCAGUGGUUCUUUGAUGAGCCGCUCAGUUGAGGAGAAGCCCCGGAAUUCCACCUUCCCGCGCACCAUCAGUUGCGACAAAUCAUUGUCGCCUUGUCUGGAGCAGAAGACCUCGCCGGUGGAUGAGAAAGAGAAUACAGCGCCCAGUCCGCCUCCCAAACCGGCGAGGGCGCUCAAGGAGGCUCCGCCGGAGGUUCAGAGACCGCUCUAUCGUCAUCCCUCGUACCACGCCAGUGGAUCGGACUCCGGGAAUGGGUCAGGAGAUUCAGCGGUGAGUUCGGUGGCUGAUAGCGUGGACAUGGUGCAACAUAGAGGAGUGGUGAUCAGGAAUCCGAGAUUUAUUCCCAACUCUGCGUCCUCGGUCACGUUGAAAUGCUACAUGGAAAUGGAUCCGAUUGCUGCCGAGGAGGCCCUGCUGGCCAUGGAGAUACCACUGAUUGACCCCGUGUCGAGAUUCGAUGUUGAGGCUUUUGAGACACUCCUUUUGCCGGCGGUGGACAAUAAACCGUUGGACGGCGGCGCUCUGGACACGCUCAGAAUGAUGUUGGCGGAGAAUGGACCGACGAUUCUGGCCAAUCACCUCAGUCGGGUGGAUAUCAAGAUGAUCCUGGGCGAGGAGGGAGUGUCAAGUAGACGGGGACUUGAACCUAUGGGAUUGGAGAUGAUUACACUGCCCCAAGGGAGGCAAUUCCGGGAGGAUAUUGUCGAGAGAACUCAAUGUCUGAGACUUUUGGUUGCCGUAACCAUCUUGACAUGCUCAACUGACGAAGAGCGCACAGAAUUGUUGAAUAAGUGGAUUCUCGUGGCGCUGGAUGUGAAGACAGCUAUGGGCAACUUGUUCAGCUUCUGUGGGAUUAUGUUGGGCCUCUGCAUGCCUCAAAUCCAGCGAAUGGAUCCAAUCUGGCAUGCUUUGAGGCAAAACUUCACAGAGAGCGCCUUCACGUUCGAGGCGAAGCUGAGACCCACGCUUAAGAGCAUGAAUGACUGCUCGAAUCCGCAAGCACCCAACACUUGUCUGCCCCACCUACUGCCCUAUGUCCUCCUAAAGGACCGGAGGAUUGACGAAGUGCUCGGUUCCAAUCCGACGUCUUCCCCACUCAUUGGCGCCUGCAUUGCUGCCUGGGAGAGUUCAGCUAGUGACUUUGGGCUGUCCAUCUUCUCUGCCCACCUUGAGGCUGCCCGGAACUUUGCCACGAAUCUCCCAACGUAUCGCCGAAAUGCGCAUAUGAUUCUGCACGACUCCAGUAUUCGCCUGGAUGAACUGCUGGAGGAUGCUUUCAGAACUGAGUUCCACAUGAAGUUCCUGUGGGGCAGUAAGGGUGCCCUAACACCCGCCAAGGAGCGUCACGACAAGCUGGAGCAGAUCUUGUCACUCAUGUCGGACAAGUACUGCAAUUCUCGCCAGAACGAUGGCCUCUGAAGCUUUUACGCGGAUGCCAACUGAAAUCAAACUAGUCAGAGUCGAAAAGGCACACGACAAAUAAAACUUACGAUAUUCUUUUGUACAUA